CCCUCAUUGGAUCCUGUGGAGGGAACUAUACUUCCUCAACAUCUGUGAUCUAUUCCCCAGAUUUCCCUGACACCUAUGCCACAGGCAGGGUCUGCUACUGGACCAUACAAAUUCCCGGAGCAUCUCAGAUCCAGUUUGACUUCACUCUCUUUGACAUCAAAGACUCCACUGACAUGGUGGAGGUGCUGGAUGGCUAUACCUACCAGGUGCUGGCUCGUUUUGAUGGCAGGAGCCGGCCUCCCAUCUCCUUUAAUGUCUCUUUGGAUUUUGUCAUUUUGUAUUUUUUCUCAGAUCAGUUCAAUCAGGCACAGGGAUUUGCUGUCGUGUACAGAGCUCUCAAAGACAAACUACACCAGGACAUUACCGCAGUGAAUCAGAAAUUUACUGAGGUGAUAACUGAACAAGCAAAUAUCCAUAUCAAUGCAGCCCAGUCUUCAAAGAUACUUUAUGUCAUCACCACCAGCCCAAGUCAUCCCCGGAACACCAUGCCUGAUUGGACAAUUUAUGGCCUCACAGCUCUCCUUAUCCUAACUGUCACUGCCAUAUUGGCACGGAUACUUUUGAAUGUCAUAAAAAAAUCUCAUCGGGCACCUUCUUUCUCUGAGAUAACGGAUUCUCACCAAGCAAUUACUGCAGGAGAGAUUUGGAGUAUAUUUUACAAGCCUUCCACCUCCAUCUCCAUCUUCAAGAAAAAACUUAAGAGCCAACAAGAUGAUUGCAACCUUCUUGUGGGAAACUAAAGUGCCAGUCUCUGCAUGAAACACAAUAUUCUCCUGCAAUUUUGGGCAUAAUCCUUUCCCUCUGUUUUCUCCUUAUUUACCAAUGGAUCAGGACUGACCUUUUCUGAGUUCCUAAAAUGCACACCAGACAUGGGAAAGCCAGCUGCUACAACCAUUUUGAAGUAUCUGGAGCUUGUCAGCUGCCUCAUCCUUCUAAAUAUGGCCUUAAGCCACCACACUUAAAAUAGAAGCAAAAUCUCUAAACCGGUACAUGUCCCACAGACUCACAAAACAAGAUGAAUUUGGGAACCCUGUGGAAAUAAGGGUGUUGGGUCUGCUUUGACUGUUGUAAUAGGUUAGGUCAUUUUAAGAUCAAAGUUAAGCACAAAUAUAAAUGGCACCAUCUUUUCAGCUGCUGCAGCAACUGGUGCUGAGCUGUCUCUGCUGUACACAUGUCUAGCUGGCAAUGUAUGAAGGUGAGGGAGUCAUAGACUUUGAGAAAGUAUCUGUGGAAUAGUCAGUGUGCUAUUUUUGGAUGGCCUCUUUUCCAAAGUACAAAUACAGAGAACAAACUAAGACUACAAAGUCAAAUUUGCAGGAAAAUGCUCAAUAAAGCCUGAGCUGCAAAUGUAAGUUAAAUAGGUGGUGCUCAUUAGUUGACUGGCAAUGUGGGAUGUUUAGAGUUUUAAGUUUGUGUGUCAGAGCCAGCAUGCCCAUGAAUUGUUUUCUAAGAGGUCACGUAUAGUAGCACCAGAUUUGUAGUGACCAAUGUAUGCCAUUGUUAUACAGGCAGUCCCCGACUUACGCGGAUCCGACUUACGUCGGAUCCGCACUUAC